AUGGACCAGUUAACCAAAAACAAAGCCAACUCAACCCCUCUUACCCCACUCACCUUCUUAGAUAGAGCUGCCAUUGUCUACGGUGACUCCAUUUCAAUUCUGUACGGUGAUUCCAUUUCCUACACGUGGUCCCAAACCCACCGUCGAUGUCUUCAACUCGCUUCCUCACUUUCAUCUCUCGGUAUCAGAAAAGGCCACGUGGUUUCCGUUCUCUCCCCCAGCACUCCCGCCAUGUAUGAACUUCAGUUCGCCGUUCCAAUGUCGGGGGCUAUUCUCAACAACCUCAACUUCCGGCUCGACGAUAAGUCUCUCUCGGUGAUCCUCGUCCACAGCGAAUCAAAACUUGUAUUCGUGGAUAUUCUCUCCCUUACUCUUACCCUUAAUGCUCUUGAUUUGUUUCCAUCAAAUAUUCAACGCCCUGAGCUCGUCCUCAUUGAGGACGAUACUCUCGCACCGCAUCAGAUUCCUUCGUUACCCAAAAAUGUAUCUGUUAUUAACAACACAUAUGAGGAUCUUAUAGCUAAAGGUGAUCCGAAUUUCAAAUGGAUCCGACCGGAUUCCGAAUGGGAUCCGAUUACGUUGAACUACACCUCUGGAACAACGUCCGCUCCGAAAGGUGUAGUGCAUUGCCAUAGAGCAGCGUUCGUCGUCUCGCUGGACUCGCUCGUUGACUGGUCAGUGCCCAAUCAACCGGUUUAUCUCUGGACAUUACAGAUGUUUCAUUCUAACGGAUGGAGUUAUCCAUGGGGAAUGGCGGUUGUCGGAGGAACGAAUAUCUGCACGCGUAAGCUGGACGCGCCGACGAUCUACAGUUUGAUUGAAACUCACGGUGUAACACACAUGUGUGCUGCACCGGUUGUGCUUAACAUUCUGUUAAAUUACAAUAAAUCAGAACCGUUAAAAAAUACUGUUAAUGUACUGACAGGAGGAUCGUCGCCUCCGGCGGCGAUUCUCAUACGAGCGGAGGCGUUAGGUUUUAACGUUAGCCACGGGUUUGGAAUGACGGAGUUGAUUGGAAUGGUUAUUACUUGUGCGUGGAAGAGAGACUGGGAUAGGUUAUCGGCGGUGGAGAAGGCAAGGAUGAAGGCGAGACAGGGAGUGAGGAAGGCGCGAGUGGCGGAGGUCGAUGUGGUGGGAGCUAAUGGUGAAAGCGUGAAGCGCGACGGUGUAACGGUUGGUGAGAUAGUUGUCAAAGGUGCUUGUGUUAUGCUUGGUUAUUUAAAAGAUGAAAAAGCUACGGCGCAGUGUUUGAGGGAGAAUGGUUGGUUUUAUACUGGGGAUGUUGCGGUUAUGCAUGAGGAUGGGUAUUUGGAGAUUAAGGAUAGGAUUAAGGAUGUGAUAAUAAGCGGUGGAGAGAAUCUGAGUAGUGUGGAGGUUGAGGCGGUUUUGUAUAUGCAUCCGGCGGUGAAGGAGGCGGCGGUGGUGGCGAGACCGGAUGAGUUUUGGGGGGAGACACCGUGUGCGUUUGUGAGUUUGAAGGAUGAAUUGAAGGAAAUACCAACGGAGAAAGAGAUGAAGGAGUUUUGUGGGGGGAAGUUGCCGCGUUUUAUGAUUCCUAAAACAAUUGUGUUUAAAGAUGAAUUGCCUAAGACUUCAACUGGGAAGAUUCAGAAACAUAUGCUUAGAAAGGUUGCUGGGGAGAUGGGGUCAUUGGCAUUGCCACCACCACAACUACUUCCUAGUCGCAUUUAA